AUGUCUCAAGAAAGGGACAGAGCGCUUAAGGGACUCACGUUUCGAGAGUUUGCCGCAGUACUGAUGUUGCUGCAACCGCUCCAGAACCGUACGAAGGUGGUCAACAUGCUCAUCAGCCUCUUCUACCUGGCCUCCUCCACAGAAGACGAGCUGCACGUGCUGAUGGAAUGUCCUGCUGACGAGCCGCUAAGGCGAGCAGUCAAAUGCAGCUCAGCAUGGGAGCUGGAGAUGUGCCACAACACAACAGUAACCGCCGGCAACACUACCAUGGGGCGGGUAGGCCAGCCAGCCAGCCAGUGCGCCAGUGAUCACAUCACCCGCCGAGUGAAGUACCGGGUACGUGGUAUCCACCCAGUCAUAAUAUCCAUUUGGCCCUCGCCCUCGUCAUUGCACAUCUCACUAGUGACUAAAGAGGCAGAAAGAAAGAAAAGCAUUUUCGCAUUCUUUCACAAAACGGCAUAUCCCACCCACUCGCCACUCGCGGUACGAAAGUCAGCAGCCGACAUCGUCAGAACGCCCAGAGCCACACGGCGCGAGGAGUCUCUUUGCGCACAAACGACAACGGACACGAUGCAGAAGCACAUUCACCUUCAGCUUCACCUUGCGGGCACACGCGGCCCAACGAAGGAAACCCCCCCAUCGCCCACUUCGCCACCAGGCCACCGGGCGCACCAAAGCCGCACCAAAGCCGCAACCAUAACAAUUGGAUUGCAGGGCACACAGAGCUUUAGCAAGAGCAGCUGCAGCUGCAGCACCAGCCAGCAUCAUCACGCUGCAGAGCUAACCCAUGAGGCGAAAGAAGGCAGGAAGUCCAGUCCAUCAAGCCGGAGAGGAGAGGAAAGUGAACCGCGCGGGAGUCAGGAGCGAAACGCGGCGGCCGAGGCCCACAGCACAGCGCAACACAAUACCUCCAGGGGAGUGCGAACGCGGAGGAGGAUAUGCAGACCAAGCAGCCCACGCACUCGCCAACCACCGCUAUUCCAGUACAGUCCAGGCGUAUCCUCGUCCCUCAUUUCACCUCUCCACGCCUCCGAUGCGCGCCAUCAUGACCAGUGCAUCCAGCCCAUCUCGGGAAGUGCCACCCGGCAUGUACGGCAUACAUAUGCCAUGCAGUUGCAACCCCCCAGAGUAGAACGGCGAGGCCGGGCUGGAGGCGGUCGCAGAUCACCGUACGACAGCCUCACGAGCAAAGCAACUUAA